AUGGCUGUGCUGCCACUUUCUGAUCCUCCCUCUUACCUGUGGUUUUCCCUUGCAGGGCCGAGUUCUGUACCUGGGUCCAGGUCUGUGUGGGAGUCUCCUCCUUGCGCAAAGCUGCUCACCCUGCAAGAGGCACAAGCUCAGAAAAGCGGCCAGAGCAGCUCUCCUGCAGUGACACAAAGCAGCAACAUCGACAUGGAGGAGGGCCCCGCAGCUGUACAAGGGAGAUUCCACACGGUCAUUGAUUUUCCAUCUGAAAGCCAUGAAUUUGAUUCAGAGCAGCUUCCCGAGCUUAGCGUCCGUGACAUUCACAGCGUGAGCUCCGUAUGUAAGAUGUACUUCAGGGAGCUCCCGAACCCUCUCCUGACCACCCAGCUGUAUGACAAGUUCACGGACGCUGCCGGUGCUGCUACCGAGGAGGAGAGGAUGGUGAGAAUGAAGGGCGCCAUCCAGCAGCUGCCUGCUCCUCACUACAGGACACUUGAGUACCUGAUGAGGCAUUUGGCGUCUCUUGCUGGGAACUCCUCAGUCACCAACAUGGACGCUCAUAAUUUAGCAAUAGUGUGGGCUCCAAACCUCUUAAGAUCCCAGCAGAGCCAGUCAGCCUGCGCCAGUGGAGGAGCUGCCAGCUUGGAAGUUCAGACACAGACAGCUGUAGUGGAAUUCCUUAUUGGCCACACAGACGGCCUCUUCGGCUCCAAAUCCACGUCAGCCAUGGGAGAGGGAGCAGGGCCGAGUUCUGUACCUGGGUCCAGGUCUGUGUGGGAGUCUCCUCCUUGCGCAAAGCUGCUCACCCUGCAAGAGGCACAAGCUCUGAGAAGAGGCCAGAGCAGCUCUCCUGCAGUGAAACGAAGCAGUGAGAUUGAAGUGGAGGAAGAUCCCACAGAAUUUCCAGGGAGAUUCCACACAAUUAUUGAUUUUCCAUCUGAAAGACCACGCUCUUCCAGAAAGAAGAAAGAAUCACCAGCUGGCAGUUGGUGUUCCUGCCUAUGUCUGCGCAGACCAUCCCCUGCGGCAAAACACCAACUGCAGAGCAGUGACAGGGAGCCUUCCGAAGAAGAACUCGUGGUGCUGGCAGGUGAAUCCAGCCCUUGUGAACCCACAAGAGCCAGGCCAAGUGCUGAUUGCUCAGGGAGUGUUUCCAUAAAUGGAGAGCUCAUGGGCAAGUCCUUUAGUCACUGCAGUCACAAUGACAGGCCUUCCGUGUGA